UGCGUCCUGUUCCAUUUCCCAGUUCGUGCCACAAGAAGCUCAAGGUAAGAGUGAACCACUUGUAAGGCUGAGACCCAGCUCCCUCCCUCAGGGAAAACGAGAUGUGGACUGUGGGAGUGAUGCUGAUCUGGCUGGCUGGAGGGCAGCUCACAAGUGCCACACUCUGCAAGACCUAUGGCACCAUCCCAGGCAUCCCCGGGUCACCAGGCCAGCCUGGCAGCAAUGGUAUAGAUGGGGAGAGCGGCCAAAAGGGAGAGCGAGGUCCCCCUGGCCACGUAGAGGAUGAAGAAGAGAUUGGCGAGAAGGGAGAGCCAGGGGCACCAGGGCACCCUGGGAAGGUGGGCCCCAAGGGCCCCAUGGGUCCAAAGGGCACUCCGGGCCCCAUGGGUGCCCCGGGGCCGCAGGGAGACUCCGGUGACUACAAGGCCACUCUGAAGUCUGCCUUCUCAGCUGCCAGAACAAUCAACAUCCUCCCUCGCCGAGAGCAGCCCAUCCGUUUUGACCGCAUCAUUACCAACGAGAACAGCCACUACGAGAACCGGUACGGCCGCUUCACCUGCCGGAUCCCCGGCAUCUAUUACUUCACCUACCAUAUCACAUCCAAAGGCAAUCUGUGCAUCAACAUGAAAAAAGGCCGGGGUGGCAGCAAGGGCCAGAAGGUAGUGACCUUCUGUGACUAUGUGCAAAACAGCUACCAGGUCACCACUGGUGGCGUGGUGCUCAAGAUGGCAGCAGAAGAAUCUGUCUGGCUGGAGCCAACAGAGAAGAACUCCAUCGUAGGCAUCGAAGGGGCUGACAGCAUCUUCUCUGGCUUCCUGAUCUUCCCUGAGGCUUAACCUGCUGCGGACACCACCUGCAUCCCCUCUGCAGCCCCUUUCCUGCUACUGGCCUCUGCUAACUGCAGCUGAUGGCCAAGGUCUGCCUUGGAAAUGACUCUGUUCCAAAUGUGGUAUCCUGAGCCCCUUGGGGUGAAAGUGCCCAUUCCCACUGGCCAGGUACAUUAAAUGACUGCUCCUUGUGCUGUUGGUUCCUUCCUGCCCAGGAUUUUCCUCUACUUCUGUAUCCCAGACUCUGGUCCUAGAGCUUUCCCAGCUCUUGGGUACCGUUAGAGAGGAGGGAAGGGAGAGCAGCCUUUAAAAUCACACAGCACACUGAAGUCUGCUGGCCCAAAGACUGAAGUAGAAAUGGCCAGGCCAAGGGCAGUAAGGAGCAACUAUGUGAAAUGUUUGGGUGAAAAAUAAGCAGUUUUCCCCCUGCGACACAGCAGGAUGCCUGGCCAGGCCAUUUUCAGCAAGUUCAGUGGGAUCACAGACCUGUGCUUUUCCUAGGCCGGGAGAUGCUGGAUAAAGCUAAGCCUGGCAGCCAGUGGGUACUUUGCUGCAGCCUGGACACUUUGAUACUCACUCCCCCUGAAGAACAUGCAGAUCAUCAGGCCAACCCCACCAUUUCCCAGGACACUGCUUCUUGUAUAUCAGGAUGCAGACCAGGCUCACUAGCACCUCAAACUGCUGAGCAGA